AUGGUUUCCCGAAGGUUUUUCUUCACUUUCUUUUGUCUCUUUGCAACGUUAAUCGCAGUUGCUAAAGGAAACGACAACAGCAGAAAGCUAUUGACAAGUUACCGGCCACAAUAUUCUCCUCCUUCAUCUCCGGUUUAUCGUUAUCCUGUUGCUCCUCCUACUCCGGUCUAUAAACCUCCUGUUGCUCCUCCUACUCAGGUUUAUAAACCUCCAGUUGCUGUUCCUCCUCCUUCUCCUAAACCACAAGCCGCCUACUACUACAGGAGGUCUCCACCACCACCACCCGCUAGACAUGGAAGGGUGUAUCCACCUCCUCCUUCCAAACCAUGGUGGUGGUAUUUGAGGCGUUAA